AAAAGUCAAAGAUUAGUAAUGUUCUGUGAAUCCACGUACGUGCAUUUAGCGAAGGGUUAAAGUUUAAAGAUUAUAAGUUACAAGCUUCAAGUUAUUUUAAAAUAAAACAGUUAUGGCACCUAGCAUUUUUGUUCCCAAAAUGUCUCAAGCUAAUUCUGAUAAAACCGGUAUAAAUGCUGUUUUACUGGGGCCCCCGGGAGCAGGCAAAGGAACCAUUGCACCAAUGUUGAAGGAGAAAUAUUGCGUGUGUCAUCUUUCUACGGGAGAUAUGUUGAGAGCCGAAAUUCAAUCGGGUUCUGUAAUGGGAGCCAAACUCAAGAAGGUCAUGGAUGAAGGUAAAUUGGUUAGUGACGAUUUGGUAGUCAGUAUGAUCGAUAAGAACUUGGAUAAGCCUGAAUGCAAGAAUGGGUUUCUGCUGGAUGGAUUUCCAAGAACAGUAGUUCAAGCUGAAAAGCUCGAUGAUCUACUAGAGAAAAAAAAUACUGCCUUAGAUGCAGUAAUUGAAUUUGGUAUUGAAGAUAAAUUACUAGUGAGGCGAAUCACUGGUAGGUUGAUUCAUCCAUCCAGUGGAAGGUCAUAUCAUGAAGAGUUUCAUCCUCCAAAGAAACCUAUGACUGAUGACUUAACAGGGGAGCCAUUAAUUCGAAGAUCAGAUGACAAUGUUGAAGCUUUAAAGAAGAGACUUAUUACAUAUCACACCCAAACUAAGCCACUUGUUGAUUAUUAUCAGAUACGUAAGAUUCAUUAUAGAGUAGAUGCAGCACAAGCUCAGCAAGAUGUUUUCAAAGAUGUAGAUAGCAUAUUCAAACGUGCUAAAAAAGUUCAAUCACAACUUUGAGAACAAAUAUAUAAUUUCUUUCACUGAUGAUUGCAUUUUUAAAGAGUAUGGUUCAUUAUAUCUAUAUGGUCUAUCAACAUGAAAGAAUGUCUAAAAGAAAAAUUCUGCAAGGUCAUAUUGACUUUGAUUGCCUUUGUAAUUGUUCUGUAACUGUAAAAGAUUGUAGAAAGUAUACUUUAAAUGGUUCAGGUAAUUUCAGAGAUGAGGUUACAAACAUAUUUUUUUGAAUUCAUUAAUUAAUUUCAUUGUUGGAGUGUUAUAUAUAUGGAAAAAUUAUUUCAAAUAAAAGUAUUAAUAUAA